AUGAGCGAGUUCGAAGAAUCUGGCAUCGGAGAAGAGUGCGGAGUGUUUGGCUGUGUUGCAGCAGGAGAAUGGCCAACACAACUAGAAGUUGCCCAAGUGUUAACUUUGGGACUUAUAGCGCUACAGCACAGGUGAGUUGAUGUUUUGUAGCUAGCACGUUUACAUAGCCAUCCGCUAAUCACAUAUUCCGACUAUCUUUCCCAUAAUUGAUUAUACACUGUUUUAUCAAACACUCAACCCUAUGGUGCAACUUUCACUGAGAAAAUGCAUGGUAGGGAGUGGUCAAUUUCUCAAAACAACACAUGGUGUGACGUCAAACGUUCCAUGAUCACGGCUUGCUAUAUUGUACAUUGAAGUGUUACUUUGUUUACGGUGAAAGUAUGGACAUCUCGUCCUUGGAUUCCAGACUAGCUCUGAUACAUUUCUCCAAUGGAGACUCAACUCAAUAUCUUUAGUAAAGGCAUUGUGUGCCACAACUUUCAGACUCCUAUUGUAUACAACAGUCAACUGGUUACAAUGACGCCAAAACAAUUUUUCACAUUUGGACGUGAUUAGGCCUACCUGUUUUUCUCGGAUUGAGUCAGAGGCUGCCAUGGAGCAGACUGAGUUGAUCUCUAUAAUAGGAAUGUAUUGAUCCUCCUCCUCUUUGUACUGUAAAUCAAUACUCUCAGCACAGCUGCCCCCAGUAUCAUGUCUUUUCACAGGUCUACGGGUAUCUAAAGAAAACAACAACAAUGGGUCAAUACAUCAGAGAUUGAGUUACAUUUUAGUCAUUUAGCAGACGCUCUUAUCCAGAGCGAUUUACAGUUAGUGAAUACAUAUAUUUUUUUUUAUACUGGCCCCCCGUGGGAAUCAAACCCACAACCCUGGCGUUGCAAACGCCAUGCUCUAUCAACUGAGCUACAGUCCAUGCCGGCCAUUCCCUCCCCUACCCUGGACGAUGCCGCCCAUGAGUCUCCCGGUCGCGGCCGGCUGCGACAGAGCCUGGAUUCGAACCAGGAUCUCUAGUGGCACAGUUAGCACUGCGAUGCAGUGCCUUAGACCACUGCGCCACUCAGGAGUUGAGGGGUUAAAUGCCUUUACACGCUUUUUACUGAGUGUAGAAGUCUGUGACACAUGGGCUGCGUUCACACAGGCAGCCCAAUUCUGAUAUUUUUCCCACAAAUUAUUGGAUCUGAAAAAUAUCUGAUGUGAAAAGAUCAGAUGUGAUUGGUCAAAAGACGAAUUUAGUGGGGGGAAAAAUCUGAAUUGAGCUGCCUGUGUGAAUGCUGCCAUGAUGUACAAAAGAGGAAUCUGCCACAGAUUCUUGACCUUGGUCCUCUCAAAUUGAUUGUGCUGAUGUGCUCUGAGAGAAUAUUUCAAAAUGUCUACAAAAUAAUGUGAUCUAUUUAGAUUGACGACAGAUUGUAAUCUUUAUCUUACUGAAAACACUAUUCUACUUUUUGAACACAUGAAUACACAGAAUCCAAAUUGCAGUUUUGUAAAGGCCAAUGUUUUUGCCUUUUCUCAGCAGUUUGCUUACUCCUUACCAACCCACUCUCUCAUGAUUUGAUUAGGAGACUCAUUGGCAAUUCACUGGACUGACUCACUCAGUCACACCGUCCAUCGUUAGUCUGUUACUGAGCCUUUGGUCACGUGUGGAUUUUAAAAUUAGAUAGGACAUUCUCGUGAUGUGAGAAACAUAAUUGUUAAGGGAGGAGGUACAAUUUAAACCUUGAUCCAAAGCUUUCCUCUUCAGCUCUCUUUUUGCUGUCAGGUCCUCUUUUUUAUCCAUCUCAGCAUUGCCUGUAAGGAACCAAUAGGCAUAUGACAAAUCACUGUUAAUGCACAAUAUCAGAACCGCUUUUCCUCCACCAGGUUCUACUGUCUCCAACUACCAGCUUUGGGGCUGAUGGGGGGUUCAUUUUGAAUCUGAGAAAUUAGCUUAUUAUUGUCAACGAAAUAGAGAUGUGGGAUAUAUCUGAAGAUGUAAUGGCUUGAGUCAGGUGUUUGCUAUCUUUUAUAGGGUCACCACUAAAUGAUUUUGAGUGACCUUAGGUUUAUCUACAAUGGCUAUCUGAGUCACUUUAUUACCUGUGUAUGUUCGUUUGUCCUCAUUCCUGGGGAUAACCUCAUAGCUUUGAGCUGUGUAAGAGUUAACUGGAUGAGUCCUCUCUUCAUGUCCCAUUCUUGCAGUUGCUCUAUCUGACAUCAUGAAAAUGGCAUCUUUGCCAUCAUCAUUCCCCAUCAUGGCCGCCCCAGCCAAAAUGGCGCCAGCCUCUGCUUGUUCCUCAUAUCCCAUGGCAGGUCCACUAUCUGACCUGGUCAAAAUGGCAUCCACCUCAUCAUAGAACCUCAUAAGGUGGCGUGGGUCCGUGCCGUCAGCCCUGCCCCUCUGCAGGGAGCGGUACAGGUACUUGAGAUUCUUGUAUUUGGUGUGACACUGCUUCCAGUCGCGCUCCACCCCCUGCUGCAGUAGCCGGCAGGAGAUCUGCACAAAUAUGUCCCUCUUCCUGGUGGAGCUCUGCAGCUGCCUGCACACGCCCUCUUCAGACCACACCUGGAUCAGUGCACGCACCUCCUGGUCACUCCAGUUCCGUCCUGUAUCAGACACCGUUACCACAUGGAACUGCUCAGAGCUAGACUGGUCCAGUGGUGAUAUAUGGGCUUCUAGUAGGGUGGGAGACAGAAUAGUGAGUGGAGUGGGUAAUGGGCAUAGCUAUGACAUUUCAGAAGGCAUUUCUAUUGUAGGUUAUUUGAUUACACAUACCUGAUUCCCUUUGAUUUUGGUCUGUGUCCAGCUCGUAAUCGUCACUAUUGUCAUCUGAAAGAGACAUUGUUCUAGAACUGUAAAAAGUAGAACUAAGACUAGGCAAUGUAUUCCUCCAGUAUCUCAUCAUUAAUUAAAACCUCACCAUCAAUCUCAAUGACCAGGUCUCCUUUAGGUGCUCUAGACUGUGUCUGGCCUCCCAGAGUUUCCAGCCUCCCAGCUCCCUGGUCAACUUCAGGUCCUCUCCUCUGCAUAUCCUGGUGCCCAUCCUUACCAUCAAAUCCACUGUCCAGCAAUAUGGCCUCCAUCUCGUCGAAGAACUUCAUGUACCUUCCUGGGCCACUGCCACUGCUGCCUGCAGCGGCCUGGGCGCUCUUGGCCAUCUUGUACUCAUACUUGAGGUUCUUGUAUUUUGUGCGGCAUUGUUUCCAGUUGCGCACCACUCCGAAACCUCUUUGCAUGCGGCGGGCCAUCUCCUGGAAGAUGGCCUUGUUGCGUAGUGUCCCUUUCAGACGCUGCCGGACAUGGCGGUCAGACCAGACGCACAGCAGAGCCCGCACCUCCUCAUCUGUCCAGUGGCGGCCCCCCUCAGGGCCCAUGCAUUGUGCAUAGGGGAGAGCCCCAUGAAGAAUCUGACACGGGCCUCCUAAACGAACACAAAAACACUUACAUUUUUUAAGUAAUGUGAAUCAAGGGAUACAUUUUUGAUAUUGUCAGUUACAGAUACUCAGGUUUAUUUAGGUUCAGGGUAAUCCUUUUUCUUGGCUACUGGUAUGUGACUCCAGUUAUGUCUGAGUCAACAUCUUCGUCACAAAGUAGCCUCUGAGGCUUCUUAUUUAAAUGAGGGAUAAUUUAAAGACUAUGCUAUUUAGCCUACUGCUGCAUAUACUAAACAACUUUAGAUGUGAUCCAUUUAUUAGGCCUAGUCUAUGAAGGUCCACUGUUUUUCUGACGUAAUCAGUCGUUAUCUUAACAAUCCUUCACUCACAGUUAGUGUGUUGGGAUGUCGCAGAUAGCUUUAUUUCAUUCCUUCCUAUAAACUUCUCCAAUUGCUAUUUACUGUAAUUGUUUCAAAGUUUCCAUAUACAAAUAUUUUGUAAGCACUAGUAUAUUUCUCUCCCAUUAUCACACUGUUCCUCUAACUCCAAAAUUACCUUCCUGCAUUGUGACUAAGGAAGAGUGGGCCUCUUUCUCACUGGUCAAAUCCUCUUCCUCCAAGUCACUUGGGGUCAUUUGGGCGUCCAUCAUGGCUGCUGCCCCCUGGUUGUAGUUGGUGAAUGUGCCUGGCGAUUCAGCCUUCCUGGCUUGCAGUCCCAGCCUCCUGCACUGGGCCUGACACUCCCUCCAGUCCCGCAGCACGCUGAGCCCUCUCAGCUGCUCUGAGAUGCAUUCAAAUGCGUCUCUGCUGCUCACGCCUGAAUGCUGAGCUGCUCCCAGCUCCCCCCACACUGACAGAAGAGCCAGCACCUCCGCUUCCCCCCACUGCCCUGCUGCUCCUGUCUCCUCCACCUCUACCGUCUCCUCUUCACCUCCUCUUUGUCUCCCUGCUCCUCUCUCCAUGUUUGAGCUGACCUGGAAACGCUUCUUUCUCUCCCAGCCCCCCUUCCUCUGCUGCCCGGUUCCCUAGGCAACCAGGCGUUUAAGCCUGAGAGGAACGCCCAUGCAGCCUCACUACUGGCUUAAGCUUUGUGAUGUGGGGGAGGGACGGACUGUAAUCCGAGAAGCAGCUUGGCAAAUCGGCUGCAGCGCAAGGCCACUCCAUAUAAGGCAACUCCACUGCAGAUGCACACAACCCCCAUUUUUUUUCUCUGGUCUACAACACUUCUCUUUUACCAAAACGGUUUAGUCUGCCCCAAGGCAUUAUGCAUGCAGAAAUGCUGGCAUCAAACAUGUUGCGUCAAGUAGGUUUGCCUGCAAGAGCUUAAAGGACCUCUGUGUCAUUGUUGCAAGUGUUUCCACCUCACUAAAACUUUAAUUCAAGCAAUCUGUUUUGUAUUUGUUUUUGUUUACUUAGGGGUCAGGAAAGUGCUGGAAUCGUCACAAGCAAUGGAGUCAACCCACCAACGUACAACACCCUCAAGGUACAAAUGUGUGACUUACAGAACCAUUCAGUAUGGAAACAUGAAAGAGAAACGUCUACAAUCCUACUCAUUCCAGAUUAUGAAGAUACUCAACUUGUCCUCUGAUUUACACCAACAUCCCGUCCGUGGCUUCAAACUAUGGACAAUGCUAUCACCCCCCCCCCCCCCCCCCAGAAAAAAAUACACACAAACAACAAAACACCUUGUUAAAACCUUUCAAUCUGUGGGAGUUUAAGUCCUAUUAGUUAACUAAAAUCUCAGAAGUACAAGGAGAGAACACACUGUAUAGAAAUAAGACACUUGUAGCAUAAAAACAGGCAUGUGAUAUCAUCACUUAAAGCUUUACUAAUCACAGUUUGGCUACAUUACUUUUCUUCUGAAUGCACAGGAUUUUAGGAGUGCAAAGUUCAGUGUGUGUGUGUGCCCUAGAUGUUCCCUGUCUGGCUAUGUGUUAGUGUUAUGAUUAGCUACGUCUCUUCCCUUCUCAGGGAAUGGGGUUAGUGAACAAUGCCUUCCCUCCUGAGAACCUUCUGAAGCUGCGCUACGGUAACCUGGGCAUUGGGCACACGCGCUACUCCACCACGGGCAUCUCUGAGCUCCAGAACUGCCAGCCCUUUGUGGUGGACACACUGCACGGCAAGAUCGCUGUGGCACACAACGGGGAGCUGGUCAAUGCAUCCGCACUGCGUAAGAAGGUGGGCCAUGCUGUCAUAUCCACUGACUGUGUGUGUGUGAUUACUGUGUGUUUUUGUAUAAGCGUAUAUUACUGUCUGUGUGUUCUGUGUAUGGCAGGUGAUGCGUCACGGCGUGGGCCUGUCCACCAGCUCAGACAGUGAGAUCAUCACCCAGCUGCUGGCUCUGACUCCACCCAUGGAGGAGCUGGAUGCCCCUGACUGGGUGGCCAGGUCAGUUCUAUGACCUUCUAUUCCAAUAAUACCCCAUCUCCUUUUACCCCCUGUAACGCUCUUCAUCAUCUUGAUUGAUUGUUUUUUCUCGCCAUUGCAGGAUAAAGAACCUGAUGCAUGAGACCCCGACAUCCUACUCACUGCUGGUGAUGUACACAGAUGUGAUCUAUGCUAUCCGUGACCCGUAUGGAAACAGACCCCUCAGCAUUGGGCGCCUCGUCCCCAUUUCGAAACUCCACACUACAGGUGUUUUUGGGCCUUCCUUAGCACUGCAUGGUAUUUUUGUAUCUUUGACUUGUGUAUUUCGAUGAACUAAUCUAUGAGCAGAGUUACUAAUCUAUAAUCAAAUAUAUUGUCACCCUUGCACUUUGCAAUGGAGCAGAGUGUUAUGUUUUCUCUUUUCAAAACUGGUUGAAUGGCUAUUUUUACCCUGUUUGCACCUGCAACUUACCACAGGUAAGAUAAAUUACACAUAAAUGAGAAUCACUUGUCUCCAACCAAAUUAAUUAGAAUUUUGAAUAAUUCAGCCCAGGCCAUUUUGACUUUGAAGUGAAAAAUCUCUAUUUCAGUAUAUAUUUUUUAUUUUCUUGGUCCUGUGCAGUAGUAUUUUUUAAAUUUCUACUUAUUUUAGAAGAAAUAGUGAAUCGUGAAAGGGUGCCACUGCCAAUAUAUUGACCAGAACUGUAUAAAGAGGUGGAAGAGGAUGGAUGAUUGACAGGCCAUAUUCUGUCCUCUGUCAGGUGCUGGCGAGAGAGAUACAGAGGGCUGGGUGGUGUCAUCAGAGUCCUGCAGCUUCCAGUCCAUCGGUGCCAAGUGAGCUCUCUCAUCACCACGGUUAACAUUCUCUUAUUGCCAUGGCAAUGUGUGGUUCUGUGGCUCACAAGCCUCUUUCUGCUCGGUCUGGUCCUCAGGUACUACAGAGAGGUGAUGCCUGGAGAGAUAGUCCAGAUCUCCAAACACGGUGUGAAGUCCCUAAGCAUCGUCCCUCGCCCUGAGGGAGACCUCCCUGCAUUCUGCAUCUUUGAAUAUGUUUACUUUGCCAGACCAGACUCCAUAUUUGAAGGUAGGCAUAUUUAGAAGUUGUCCUAGCUAAUAACACUAAAACUGAGUAGUACUAAAUCGGUUAGAGUAGUGAAAAGUUUGGCUGGGAGAUUACGGCACAUUACUUGCUUUUGACCUGAUGCCAGAGCAGCUAUAGUUUCUUCAGUGUUUCCUCCUGGUGUUGCAGGUCAGAUGGUGUACACAGUGAGGCAGCGCUGUGGACGCCAGCUGGCCAUUGAGGCCCCUACAGAGGCAGACGUGGUCAGCACUGUGCCCGAGUCUGCUACACCGGCUGCACUGGGAUAUGCACAACAGGUGAGGCAGCAUGGUAAAACACACUGAUCAGGUCUUCUACUUCUUCUGUCAGUGUUUUCCAUUAGGAUUUCUAAUGUUGUCGCCUAUAUGACGUUUGAUAAGUUGCAUGUCUAGACUAUUCUUUCAUAUUAUUUUAUGCUGGGCAUGUGCUCCUCUUGGGCUUCAGUCUGUACUCUUCUGUUCCGUCUCUGCAGUCGGGACUGCCGUACGUGGAGGUUCUGUGUAAGAAUCGAUAUGUUGGGAGAACGUUUAUUCAACCAAACACACGCCUCAGGCAGUUGGGGGUGGCCAAGAAAUUUGGGGCACUGACAGACAACUUUACAGGCAAGCGAGUGGUGCUUGUUGAUGACUCCAUCGUCAGGGGCAACACCAUCUCCCCCAUAAUAAAGCUCUUAAAGGAAGCAGGAGCCACAGAGGUGAGUGGCCCAGAGUUGAUCAUUAUCAGUCCUCUUUAUAUCAAUUAUACUGCAGGUAAUCGCUCUUGCCUCUUUAUAAUGGUUGAUUACUAUACUAAGUCUGGUCUUGCGUUGUCUGUAAUGACCACUCAUUUUGGUUGCUGACCUCCCUCCUAUAGGUCCACAUCCGUGUUGCCUCGCCACCCAUCAGGUUCCCAUGCUACAUGGGCAUCAAUAUCCCCACAAAAGAGGAGCUCAUCGCUAACAGGCCAGAGUUUGAGGACAUUGCUGGCUACAUUGGUGAGAUUUGGAACGCUUAUUGUUAGAAGGCUACAAAGGUCAUGUUUUUUGUUUUUGAGGGUAGUGUCCUCUAGAUGCACAUUUUGAUCUGUGACUUAGAGACAUGGUUGGCUAACAUCAAUUUGAUUUCUGUUGAUGUGUGUGGUGGUCCAUACUGUAAAAUGUGUUCUGUAGGUGCAACCAGUGUGAGGUAUCUGUCGGUUGAGGGCCUGUUGUCAGCGGUGCAGGGGGGAAUCCCCUCCCUCCAGGAGAAGGAUGAGAGGAUCAACACCAAUGCCAGCAGGAGAGUGGGCCACUGCACCGCCUGCCUCACAGGCAAAUACCCUGUGGAACUGGAGUGGUGA